AUUCCACGCGUUCCUCCGUAAGUUUCGUCGCUUUCAGUCUUCAGUGAACAUCAGCCGAAGGUGGAUGGUUUAACGAAUUUUUCCUGUGCCGUUGUGUUUUGAUAAGUUAUUCGGAAUUUCUUCAUCAGCCCACACAGACUUUCUUUCAUCUCUGGUGAGACAUCAUCCGAACUUCAAGACAUCUCACCUGGUCAAUUUGGAUAGGACAGCUAUUGAUGUGAAUUCCAUUUGGUGAUGCAAUAAGAGACCCUUGACUUAUUUUUCACGUGUGUGUGAUCAAUCAAUUCUCUGUGACUCUUUUAACCCAUCAAUCCUCAACCUUUUCGCUGUGGCAUCGUGAUCGGAGUGUUGGGAAAGACAUUGGAAGAAGAAAAGUGACUGCAUUUGGAGUUGAAUCAAUUUAUCUAAGUGAAUCUCUUAAAUAGAUAUUGCCCAGGAAAGUGACGAAUUGCUCUUAGAUCACACCAUUCAAUCGAAUGGUAAUUGGUGCAAUUUUCAGUUGACCUCUGACUUGUGGGAAAUUUUGCUAUUAGUGAUUUCCAGUGCGAUUCAAUAGUGACUUGAGGAGAAGAACUCCCCAGCAUCACGGUGCGCCCAGCCAUUGCAUCACCCGACAGACAACAUUCUUGUGCUCUCUCACACUCUCACAAAAAAUUAACAAUUCGGAAUCGCAGCGUGAGCGGAUUAUACUCUGCAGGGAAUCUUCGAAAGUGGCAGCGAUUCAUUGAAAUUUAUACAUCCGGGAACACAUUACAGAGCCACUCAUUCACACAAAACUCCUCCCGGAGAACUUGGCAGCAGGACAAUGCGGCAGUGUCUGUAGAGACAGAACACUAUUGUUGAGAGGAUUUCAGGAAUAGGAAUAUUGUGUUUUAAUCUACUGCCACAUGAUGGAGACGGAGGAGGUGAUAAAACUUGUCGAUGGAAUUUACAAGAAUAUCCUCGAGAAAUUCAAUCCUGGUGCCAGACAAUUAAUCAGUGCUGGGAAAUCAUACCUCAAAGCACUUCAUGGAGCAGCAGCUGCUUCCAGAUUAUUCAAUGAGGCUCUGGCCAAGAUAGCUGUGAAUGCUCAACAAGGUGGAACCACAGAUAUCGGUGCAGCCCUCAUGAAUAUCGUAGGUGUCUACAAGGAAAUUCAAGAUCAGCAGAUGAAUAUUUUGAAAGCAUUCUAUGUGGACCUACUGGUGCCACUUGAGACAAAUCUCGAGAAGGACACUAAAGUUGUGCAAUUCGAACAGAAGAGAUUCAUGCAACAGCACAAAGUGCGAACGGACAGCUACAGCAAGGCAGCUGCUACUAUGAAGAAGCAGAGGAAGAAGAAGCCCAGCGCUCAAAAUGCAGACAAGGAGAUUAAGAGUAUUCAGGCACUGGAGGAGGAAAAGAACAAGCUGGAUGCAUUUUGUGAACAAAGCCUCAAGAAUGCGAUGACCCAAGAAAGGAGACGCUAUGGCUUUGUUUUGGAGCGCCAGUGUUCUCUAGCUAAACACUGGAUGGCUUAUCAUGCGGCUGGAAAGGGAACCAUUGAAGAUGCAUUGGACAACUGGCAAGAUGUAGCGGCUACACGUGAAUUUCUUCCCCCAAAUGUCGAAUCAAUGUUCACGCGACGCAUCAAGGACUUCAGUGAGGAUGAAUCCGAUCGUUUAUCGAUAAGUUCAGCUCUACGUAAGACUCGUAGCAUCGAUGCUUCGUGCCUGGACAUGAGAUCCUUGGGUGAUGUUAUGAGUAACAUGCAGAUGCCACGUGCCAAAUCUGAGUUCAAUCUCACUACGUCUACUAUCAAUUCAAACCAUCAAGAUAUGCAGAGUUCCAUCAAUUGGGAUCAGCGUCCGGUAACCAGGGCCCUAUAUGCAUACCUGUCUUCUGGGGAAAAUCAACUGAGUUUCCUCGAGGGCGAUCGUAUCGCUUUGGUUGGCGAACGAGCCAAAGGUUGGCAAUUUGGAGAAAACCUGCGUACACAAAUGUUCGGCUGGUUUCCAGUUGCGUACACAGGACCCGAACCUGAACCUGACAUGACAGGAAUGUGGGAUUCUAAGGGACAUCCAAUGGACCUACAUCAAAUCGAAAGUGCUGCUGAAUCUUCCCUAGAGAGCACUCUGGUUGACGAACCAACAGGGCAAAAUCGUAACUCUUACCAUCUUCACAAUCAGAACGAUACUUCCCCAACUAGAAUGUUCGGCGAUACUAUUUUAUAUAGGCAAUCUAAGCAGUUCCGUGGAAUAUCCGGAGGCGGUCCUAAACCUGGACCACCACCAACACUGCCAGCCCCAGUGCCCACUCCAGUUGUCCCGCCAUAUGCAAAAGGAUCGGCGGGUGCAAACAAUAGCGGUAAUCACUUGACGCAGUCGCACAGUUUCUCUUCAUCGGGCGGCACUCCGAUGGGCGAGAAGCACAAGCCAGCGACUGCUAACUAUGGCAAGCAGAAUGGUAGCAGCACUUCUACUGGUGGCAAAACUAAGCCUACCGUUACUAGUGCUUCUCUGCACAGUAGCAACGAUAGCGGUUUCGCCAAUGAACCGCCCCCGCAGCCCGAAGUUGACUAUUCCGAUGAGGAAACUGUCACUAGAAUGCCCAUACGGUCCUCCCGAUCGGAGAAGAGACACUCAGCCAAUACAACCCUUACACGUUCCAUUAAAAACCGCUCAAACACAAAUACACUGGAGAGUACAAAGAGUCGCGGAACCCUUAUUAGGCAAUCAUCGAGUUAUGGAAAUCUCGCUGAUGAGAAUACCAUGGAGUUUCUCUAUGGAACAACCAAUAGAGAUGGCACAAAAUACGUUAAACGCACCAAAUCUUUCUGGCGCUUUGGGAAGCAGCCGGAGGACAUAAUGGAGGGUAUGGCCAUGUGGCGUCAUCGGGAUCUUGUACAGACCGAACAAGAGAGGCGCGAAGAACGUCGUCGUGAAGAGAAUACCAUUAAGAGGCGUCCCAAGACCAUGAAUGGGGACAUGAUGAAUGGAAAUAGCGAUACGCUGGUGAAAAAUGGUCGACCAAGAAAAUCCGAAAUCCCCGUAAUUGACGAUCAUGCUAAGUAUCGUAUUACCAAGUCAGAGAUUGAUCAUAGAAUUGGAAAGCAGAAAUCACCUUCAGAUGACAGUCUCUAUGGAGGACAGCAACCUCAGCCUCAGCAGCAACAGCCUCAGAAGAAGACAACGAAAACGACCAAGAGUGAAUCAGGAACAAAAAACGGUCGCAAUGGUAGGUUUGCUUAUUCGGAUAUCGAAGAUGGCGGCCGGGUAGAACGUAGAAUGCAGAGCUAUGAAACCCGUCCUGAGGACUCUUUCAGACGUCGUACAGCACCAGAAGAUGAAUUUAAGAAUGGCGAUCUGAAGUAUUAUGAUGAUAUGAUGAUACCCGAGCCAGGAUUCUAUGAUGACGACAGUGUCAAUGAUGUUGUCAUGAAGACCGUUAAGCGCAAAGAGAUCUUGAAGCAGUACUAUUCCAGUGGAACUGACACUGAACGUAACUCUAGCAGUUCGGAUCCCUAUGAUUGCAUCGUAGUAGAGGAUCAUUUGGUAAAACGAGAGAAUGGAAAGUCAGCUCGUGCCAGAUCUGAUAAGAUGGAAUUCAGCACAUUCCGUGGCGGAGAAGGGAAGGAUAAACGGUCUUCAGGAGCGGAAGAAGUAUCGGCAGGGACUCUACUACCACGCACAAAGCUAGCUAAGCCUGGUCCUAUGAUGCAGACCGUAAUGAAAAUGGAUAAGGAGCAGGAGAACAAUCGGGAAGGGGAUGGCGGGAAGAGGCGCAAAGAAAACAACAGCAAUUCAGCUGAAAAAAGAGCUUCAAAAGCUUAUGGACCAUGGUAUGACCUCUGGAGUAAUGAGACACCUUUAAGUCAAAAAUAAUCUUGGAUUUGGGUCACUAUCACUCUUGUUGGAUUCUUUUGUAAUUUUCUAUUUCUCAAAAUACAGAUUAGUUGCUAGGAAUGCUGUGGCAUGUCCUAAAUUUAAUAUUAAGAAAUUUUAGCUAAAAGGGUCAUUAUCUAAGUUUUCUAAUACAAAUUCAGCGUCGUUUUCCUUGAAUUCAAAUAGAUUACUGCAGCAGCAUUUUUGACACUGAUCUGUAAAUAUAUUUUUCAUCGAAAUUUAGAAUUUUCUUUAGCGUAUAAGACAUUUUUAGAUAACAUUGAUUUUGAAGCCGAUCAAAUGGUGCUCCUUGAGUAAAACUUAUCAACAAAUUUGAAAUUGUAUUUAUAGCGAGAGAUUAAGUGCCAAACACCCUUAACAUUGUAAUAAGAAUUUAUUCCUUGUAGAAGAGAGAUUACCUUCCCAAAACUCCGCUCAUUAAAAAUUUAAAUUGUUUCAAGUAUAUUUUUCUCUCCUUUACCACUAUUUUGUGUUUUUUAUUCCUUCUCCCAACUUAUGUUUAACCAUUUUUCCAUUGUAUAAUUUGUUAUUGAAUACAAAAUAUAUUUAUAUUUUUACCUC